UUACGGAAUCAACACCCAAUUUCCAGCUUUCCCUUCCUUCCUUCCGCCAUUGGAGGCCCAAUAUCUUGUUAUUUGUCAGAAAGCAACCGACCACCAAAUUCCUCAGCUUGUCAUUGUAAUUUUCUUCUGACCCUUUCUUCUUCACAUCACUCUGCACUGCACGAAUCAUCAUCACUCCUCUCGAGAAAGAUUAAAAAAAAGGAAAAUAAAAUCAUCACUCCUCUCGAGAAAGAAAGUUCUUCAAUUUGUUUCAGUUUUAUGCUUUUUUAUUAAUCGAUUUCCCAUUUCUGCGUCAUACCCUUAUCCUCCCAAUUCAAUUCCUCCGCCAUAUAUAUGCAUUCUCAAUUGACUCGUACUUAUCUCUUCGCCCUCCCCUGUUUUUCUUUGUGAUCGAAAACAGAGUGUGAAAGAGAGAGAUGGCUUCCGGCGGGGCGAAUAACAACGGCGGGGAAUUCAGCUUCGCGUCAUCGCCGAAGACGACGGGGAACCGCGCGGGUGCUGGGCGCAACGGGCUGCCGAAGAUCCAGACGCAGGACAACGGCAAGAAGCUGAGCAGGCAGAGCAGCGCCGCCGCCAGAGCAGAGGAUUUGUGUUACGACGACAGUGCGACCCCGGUGAAAGCGCAGACGCUGGAUGAGCUCCAUUCGCUCCAGAAGAAGAGAUCCACUCCUUCCACUCCCAUCACCGCCGGCACCACCCCAGCCGGCGCUGCCGCGAAUCAGGGCGCCUUCUUCACCGCCAUGUCGGAGGAGGACCGCCAGCGGCAGCAGCUCCAGUCCAUCAGUGCGUCGCUGGCGUCGCUGACUCGGGAGACGGGGCCGAAGGUGGUGAAGGGUGAUCCGGCGAGAAGCUCAACGCCGAAGGUGGCGCAGGUGGAGCACUACACGCCGUCGAUCAGCGUGACGGAUAGCUCCAUGAAAUUCACCCACGUCCUCUACAAUCUCUCCCCGGCUGAGCUGUACGAGCAAGCGAUAAAGUACGAGAAGGGAUCGUUCAUAACGUCGACGGGAGCACUGGCGACGCUGUCCGGUGCAAAGACGGGGAGGUCGCCAAGGGACAAGCGCGUGGUGAGGGACGAUACGACGGAGGAUGAUCUUUGGUGGGGAAAGGGAUCGCCGAACAUCGAGAUGGACGAGCAUACGUUCAUGGUGAACAGAGAGCGAGCUGUGGAUUACUUGAACUCUUUGGACAAGGUGUUCGUGAACGAUCAAUUCCUCAACUGGGAUCCAGAACACAGGAUCAAAGUCCGAAUCGUCUCCGCCAGAGCUUACCACUCCCUCUUCAUGCACAACAUGUGCAUUCGGGCCACUCCCGAGGAGCUGGAAAGCUUUGGAACGCCCGACUUCACCAUCUACAAUGCAGGGCAGUUCCCCUGCAACCGUUACACUCACUACAUGACCUCUUCCACCAGCAUAGACUUGAACUUGGGGAGGAGGGAGAUGGUGAUUUUGGGCACCCAAUACGCCGGGGAGAUGAAGAAAGGACUGUUCGGGGUCAUGCACUAUCUCAUGCCCUUGCGUGGGAUCCUGUCCCUUCACUCUGGCUGCAACAUGGGCAAAGAUGGGGAUGUUGCCCUCUUCUUCGGAUUAUCAGGGACUGGGAAGACUACCCUUUCGACGGAUCAUAAUAGGUACUUGAUUGGGGACGACGAGCAUUGCUGGAGCGACAAUGGUGUCUCCAACAUCGAAGGUGGCUGCUAUGCUAAGUGCAUUGAUCUUUCCGCGGAGAAGGAGCCUGAUAUCUUCAAUGCCAUCAAGUUCGGAACAGUGUUGGAGAAUGUGGUGUUCGAUGAGCAUACAAGAGAAGUGGACUACACGGACAAAUCAGUGACAGAGAACACAAGGGCGGCUUACCCUAUCGAAUACAUCCCUAACGCCAAGUUACCCUGCGUGGGACCUCAUCCGAAGAACGUAAUCCUUCUGGCUUGCGACGCAUUCGGUGUUCUCCCACCGGUGAGCAAGCUCAGCCUCGCGCAGACCAUGUACCAUUUCAUCAGCGGUUACACUGCUCUGGUGGCUGGCACGGAAGAUGGAAUCAAGGAACCACAGGCGACCUUUUCAGCCUGCUUUGGUGCAGCCUUCAUAAUGAUGCAUCCAACUAGGUAUGCAGCAAUGCUGGCCGAGAAGAUGCAGAAGCAUGGAGCUACUGGCUGGCUCGUUAACACCGGCUGGUCUGGUGGAAGCUAUGGAUCUGGGAGCCGCAUCAAGUUGAGUUACACCAGGAAGAUCAUUAAUGCAAUUCACUCUGGUGAACUUCUCGAGGCGAAUUAUAGUAAGACCGAGAUCUUCGGCCUUGAGAUCCCGACUGCCAUCGAGGGUGUUCCUUCUGAAAUCCUUCAACCUGCCAACACUUGGUCGGACAAGAAGGCUUACAAUGAGACGCUGCUGAAGUUGGGAGGUCUGUUCAAGAAGAACUUUGAGGUGUUUGCUAAUCAUAAGAUAGGGAAGGAUGGGAAGCUCACAGUGCAGAUUCUUGCUGCUGGUCCUGUUUUCUGAUCGAAUCGGGUUUCGGAGAAGAUGGAAAUAACGGAGGACGGAGGAGAAUUUAAGUUCGGAUAUCUGAAUUGAUAUGGACUUUUGUUCUGGUGAAACAUUGAUGUUUUCAGUAUUUAUUUACCAGUUGUCAUAUGAGCUAUAGCUUAUUACAUGGUCAUUCUCUAGUCCUCCCCUAUAUGGUUUUUUUUUUUACCUGUGACCAUUGUAAUUGUAGAACGUGCUUAAUAAGUCGAUCAAAGUUCAUUAUAUUCAGAUAGAUAGUAAUUUCGGGUAACGUUUGCAACAAUGGGGAGCCCUUUAGGCUUCAACAAGAUUUGCGUAAUGUGAUUUCAUCAAUGGUUUACCGCUUUCUCAGAUUAUGUUGUAAGCUAGGUCGAUUUCCUAUGGCUAUGGGUGAAGGCUGGAAGGUAUUUGGUUACUGAACACGUCCCGUUACCGACGGUUUGAGAAAAGGGAUCAAAGAAGGCUCGAAAGGCCGAAAACAGUACCAAAACCAAGUAGUUCAAUUGUGAACAAAAAUCGGUGAAUUUU